CAGAAGGUGGCCCCAAGACAAGAGGCGAUUAUCUUGGUAAUCUUCAGGAUCCUCUCUGCUGGAAGCGUAGAAACUGCCGGAGGAGCCGUAUGGGUGGUCAGAGUUCGCGACUCCUGGAUGAGCGGCAGAGACGGUACUUGAGAGGCCGGACGGUUGCUCUGGCCAGGAACUUCAUGCCGUAUUACCGAAGGCACCUGGCUUCCACCUUUCUGAGAAAAAUCUCCAGGGAGCUGGAUCCACAAGGCCAACCGGGACUGCAGCUGAUACAGAGAAAAAUCCAAGAGCCACCCAGGGCGCUUCUUCCUGAGGGAGUCCUGAUCCAUUAUCAUGGAGGGAGCAGCUCGAAAUGGAAGGAGAGCUACUUUGUUCUGCGGGAAGACUUCUCCCUUGAAUGGUUUGGUCAUAAAGAGGGCCAGGGAAAGGGUUGUGAGCCCAGGGGAUCCACUGCUCUAACUGGGUACACCCUGGUGACCUCAGGGAGAGACUAUAUCAGCUUGGUGGUGGACAGUGUCUGCCAGGGCCUGGGAGGAGAUCUUUCCCAGUGGGGCCCAGACCCCAUAACUGAGCCGCCCAUGCCAUUUUCCAUUUAUCUCUACCAUCCCUUCCGGCAGCACUUCUGCUUCUGUAUGGCCACUGCCGAAUCCCAGAACAGCUGGAAAUCUGCCCUAAGCGAUGGGAUAAGACAUUGCAGCACAGUUUUGCAGAGAAGGGAAUCUCUUGAUGUAGAGGCCUUCCUGGAUGCCGUGCAGUUUUACAGACAGGAGAAAGGCUGCUAUGGAGUCGAUGAUCUCCUCUUGGGGACGGAGCCAGAGAUUCUCAGUAACCUGCUGAUGGAAGAUUUGCUUCCUGUCCUGCAGGAUCAGAACCUACCUCCUCUCCAGGGGUUGGCCAGCAGGUGGACGUUCCUGGAGGAGGUUUACACCCUGGUCCUGGCACAGAUCUCUGAUGAGCUCCGAGAUUUUCAGAAGGAAAAAGAGGAACUCCACAGAGAGUUGGAAAAGAAGAUUCGCCCCGAUGUGGGUGAGAUGCUGGCCCUGAGGAAUCACAUAGCUCAACAGCUCCAGAGGAUGGUGCAUGGCCCAGCUGAUGGGUGCUGCUGCCGGGAGGUGGAUCCCAUGCUGGGAGGGAUUGGGGAUAAAUUGCUGAGCCCCAUUAGCACCGGGAUGUGCAUGGUGCGCCUGAUUUUCACCAGACGGGUAGACGAACUGCUCAGAAACUUGCAAAAUGCUCACUCUGUCAGACAGUUGAAAGAGGAGAUUUGUUCACUAUCAGCGAUGCCCUGGGAUUCCAUGCUAAUGCAGCCAUGCUACAAGAAGGCAGAGCUCUACUGGAGCAGUCUGCAGGGCUUCAAGGAGAGAUUUGGCUUCUGCGGUACGACGAGCUUGGUCCUCGGGGCUCAAGAUCUCAUGCAACAGCUGAUGGAAAAUUCAGUCUACACAUUCCAGCAGCUCUCAGAUCGGCAUCUGAAUUCAGCAAUCAACAGAAGCCAGAUCACUCAGGUCCUGGAGAAGGUGAAAGGUCGGGUGUUGAAGAAGUUUGACUCUGACAGCAGUUUUGCCCAGAAGCAGUUUGUUGAGGAAUGGGUGAUCCAAAUUUUUUCUCCCUUUCUGCUGAGGAGCCUGGAGACAAGCUGUAAAUUGGAACUGCCGAAGUAUGAGAAGUACAUAUUUGCUGAUUACAGCAAUGUUAUCAGUGUCAAGACCAUUUAUGAGGAUUUGGUUGUGGGUGUUCUGCAGCGAAGAGUCGGCAGAGGUCUGAAAGCGGCUUUGGGUUGGAACAGGCCAAUGCUGUACGGAGACCUGGGGAAUGCGAAUAGCCUGACCCAUGAGGCAGUUCCGUGGAGCCAGACUGAAACAGUGACAGGAACUGGGGGCGCAGCUCAGAUAAACAACCUCAAGGAUCAAGAAAAGAAACAAAAGACUACAGGAUUGCAAGACCAGUGUUCGUCUGCAGCGAGGAACCCCAGAACUGGACUUUCUCCCACGCAGCAGAGCCAGAAGCAGCCAGAAGAAGAGGGUCCUCAUGUUACAUCUGUUGGAAGCUGCAGUUAUGAAGUGUCCCCUGAGCAGGCAGCCCUGGGAAAAGAAGGCAGAUCUAAGGAGGCAGCUGGUGAGGAUCUGCAGCAAGGUCAAGGGAGGGUUGAGGUGCCACAGAUGAUGGAGGAGGAGCUUGAUAAGAUGGAAAGAACUGCCCUCUUGGAGCGCUUGACCAUAGCCAUGGAAAUGGAAAUCUUUCAGACAGAUCUGCUGGAAAUGGAUCUCCAUCAAGAAGCGGGGAUCCCAAACUGAGUCUCUGAAAACAAGAGCAAAGGGGCAGAUGAAAGACAAACAGAUCUGGUGGCUUGACCCCAGUGACAUUGUAGUCGAGGCCAUAGAUCCAGGGCCGGCAGGUGAAGUGAUGAAAAUCAAGGGGAGAUAGUAUUGUAGGCUGGAGUCAUGUGUUUUGGAGCCACCACUGCAAGUCUGUUGUGGUGGGAAUGGGGGCCAUUUAGCCUAAAUGAAUGUGGUAAUCUCUCUUCCCCCUCAAUCUCUCUCUCGCUCUCUUACUCACACGUGUGCACACGCACACACACCUACCUAUUUGCCCUAGUUCUUGGUGAUCUGGCAGGUCAAGCUCUGAAAUAAUCCAUGGGGUGGUAAGGCCGAUUAAGGCACACAAGGCCUUUUCAAUCCUGUCCCCUCCUAGCCUUUGUCUUUUCAAAGUGUGGCAUGCUAACUUCUAACCCUCCUUGAAGCAAGGGCUAUGGGAAGAGCCUGUUACUAAGGGGCGGGCUCCAAAACACAGGCCUUCUAUGGGUUAAGUAAACUGGGCAGCAAACACAUGCCCACAAUGUGGAAUUGUCCUUUGUGCAUCAGUCUGUUCAGCCAUGGAGAGGAUCUCAUUUUCGGUAGUGUCUCAUCAUUGGAGAAGUGGCAUGGCCGAGAGGAUAGAGCACAGGCCCGGGA